AUGGAUAAUCCAGAAGAGGCGGCACCAGAGCUCGUCGCAACCGAGGAGCUGACUCCGUUGGAAGACAAUCCCGAGCUAGCAGCAGCUGAGCCUGAACCCGUCGAACUAGCAAUAGUACUAGAAACAGCAACACUGGAUGAAGCAACAGAUGAGGUGGCAGAACCACUUGAUACAGUACUAUUUCCAAAUGAGAAUGGGGCUCUACUAAUAGCUGAUGAACUGGAUGAAGCAACAGAAGAUGUGAUUGUACCAGAAGAAGAUGCGACUGAGGAAGCACCGGAAGAAGCAGCUGACGAAGCACCAGAUGAAGCGGCAACAGACGAUGCUCCUGAAGAAGCAGCAGCAGAUGAGGCACCAGAUGAAGCAGCAGCUGACGAGGCAGCUGAUGAAGCUCCUGAAGAAGCAGCAGCUGAAGAGGCGGCAGACGAAGCUCCUGACGAAGCAGCAGCCGAGGACGCUGCCGAAGAAGCACCAGACGAACCAGCAGCUGAAGAGGCGGCUGACGAAGCACCAGACGAAGCAGCAGCUGAAGAGGCGGCUGACGAAGCUCCUGAAGAAACAGCAGCUGAAGAGGCGGCUGACGAAGCUCCUGAAGAAACAGCAGCUGAAGAGGCGGCUGACGAAGCUCCUGAAGAAGCAGCAGCUGAAGAGGCGGCUGACGAAGCACCAGAUGAAGCGGCAGACGAAGCAGCUGAGGAGGCAGCAGAGGACGCGGCAGAAGAAGCACCCGAAGAAGCAGCAGCAGACGAGGCAGCUGAUGAAGCAGCAGACGAGCCACCGUUAGGACAAUCUCUACAGGCUAAUGUAGGACCAGCACUCGAAGAAGCAGCUGCCGAUGAAAUAGUUGAUGAUGCGCCUGAAGAAGCAGCUGACGAAGCUCCAGAAGAAGCGGCAGACGAAGCAGCUGAAGAAGCAGCUGAAGAUGCAGCUGAAGAAACUCCAGAAGAAGCAGCAGAAGAGGCAGCCGACGACGAAGCAGCUGACGAAGCAGCUGAAGAUGCAGCUGAAGAUGCCCCAGAAGAAGAAGCGGCAGAAGAAGCAGCUGAAGAAGCUCCAGAAGAUGAAGCGGCAGAAGAAGCAGCUGAAGAUGAAGCAGCUGACGAAGCAGCAGAAGAGGCAGCAGACGAAGCGGCAGAAGAGGCAGCAGACGAAGCUCCAGAAGAAGAAGCGGCAGAGGAAGCAGCUGACGAAGAAGCAGCUGACGAAGAAGCAGCUGACGAAGAAGCAGCUGAAGAAGCAGCUGACGAAGAAGCAGCUGACGAAGAAGCAGCUGAAGAAGCAGCUGACGAAGAAGCAGCUGAAGAAGCAGCUGACGAAGAAGCAGCUGAAGAAGCAGCUGACGAAGAAGCGGCAGAAGAAGCAGCUGACGAUGACGCGGCAGAAGAAGCAGCUGACGAUGAAGCGGCAGAAGAAGCAGCUGACGAUGAAGCGGCAGAUGAUGCAGUACAUGUCAAUCCAGUAGCAGAUGCACUGUUACAUUGA